GUGAGGUUCGUCCCGUUCGCGUCAACAUCAGCUGUUGUUGCGCUCUUUCUCCCUCGCCGAGAAAUGACAGUUGUUAAGAUGAGCUUUACGUGCAAUUUGUUUACGUGAGUGUGUGCGUGCGAGUGCGCAGAUGUAUGGGUCUACGGUGUGAUAAUACUCGUGUAUUUGUGGUGGCAGGCAAUAAGGCGAAAAUAAAAUUGGGGGUAAGAGUGAAAGGAAAAGAAAAUAAACGAUGAACGGAGGGAUCGGAAUAAUCCGUGGUCCGGACCAACAUCCAACCAGAUUCGCGGAUUAUUUUGUCAUUUGUGGCCUCGACAAGGAUUCGGGACUCGAGCCUGAUAAAUAUUUCGGUGACUCGUUGCAAUGUACACCACUGGACCGAGCUUACAAGAGCAAAGUACUCGGGCAUUAUCCGGACUCGGUGCCCUGGAAUCCGUUCGACGAACACGCCGUCUGUAUGCUUUGCUUGCCGAGCGGGCUGCGAUUUCGAACGCAAAAACACUCGGUCGAGCCCUCUUUUCACUCGUUCGUACUGACCAAAGAAGAUGGACAUCGCACGUACGGUUUCAGUUUGGUUUUUUACGAAGAAUGUCGCAAUCGUAAAAUAUGCGCGGCUAUGCAGACUCUCCAAGCGAUGUUCAUAACGGAAUUGAGCAGCGGCCAAAAUGGUACACCACCCGCUCCCCGGAGAGGACAAGACGGCCACAGCACGAGAUCGUUGCCCAGACACUUCAAAUUAUCGGCACAUUCACCCGGCGCAGCUUUGGCUUAUUACGAUUCCACCAAAGACAAAUUAUUCGUUACCAAAUCGAUAUCGCUACUAUGCCAACAGCCUUACCUCCACGCAGCGAAAACGUUCCUCACCAAUCUUUACAAAUGUGUUCCUAGACAUCCAGGACCUGGUCUCAGCCUCGAAUCAUACGUGUACAAUUUAUUGUACAACGUACCAGUACCGCUGCCCGGUAAAUCAUUAAAAUUUUUCGUGCCGAACGACGAGCCAGCGAAGCAGCCGCUCGAACUUGUAAUUAUUCAUCCAAAUCCAUCGUCGGAACUGCCCAUGUUGGAUUACCCCCUCAAAGACAUGUUCGCCUGGCUAGGGGUCGAGACCGUCAUACAAUUGUUCACCUGUGUUUUACUUGAGAAUCAAGUAUUGUUGAGGAGCACGGACUUUCACAAAUUGAUGGUCGUCGCCGAGUCCAUAACCGCGCUAUUAUUCCCAUUCUCGUGGCAACACGUUUACGUACCCAUUUUACCCGCGAGCCUCCAUCACUUCCUCGACGCACCGGUGCCUUUUAUAAUGGGGCUGCAUGCGAACAGCGAAGGCGGAAACUUGAAAAUCGCCAGCGAAGCGAAUCUCUGCUACGUUGACAUUGACAAACAAAGCAGCCAAUUUCCCGAGGAAUUGCCGGUGUUCCCUCACAAAAUGCAGUUCAUUGCUGAGCUACGAAGUCUCUUAAACAAGUACAAAAUUCCACAAAACGAGAAGACUGACAAUAUGGUCAUAAAUUAUUUCAACGGCGAUAUAAUGUCGACUAGUUUAACGCUACCCGGCUCGGGAUUUCAUCUCGGACGAAGAAAACACUCGUUGCACGACGUCCUCGACUGGGACAGACCGGAAACGAUCCCGCAAUCCGAUGCUCUCCAAAGAAUCGUCGACAUUGUCAAAAAAACAGGUAUCAGCUUUGACGACAUCGACUCGGUUGAAAAUUUAACGAAAGACAGAAUUCUCACGACCCAAGAAGAGUAUCAGGAAACUCUUGUGUUCAACAAUGCUGUACGAGAAAUUUUUCUGAAUCGUUUCGUUCAACUUUUUUCCGGAUACGAUCAUUUUGUCAUUCAUCCAAGCCAGGACAAAGACGAAUGGUUAAACAAUCGUGACAGCAUGCACGUAUUCGAUAAGGCAACAUUCCUCUCCGAUCAGCCAGCUCAACAUUUGCCCUUUUUAUCGAGAUUCCUCGAGACUCAAAUGUUCGCCUCUCUCGUCGACAACAAAGUCAUGUCCUCCUGGAGCGAACUGGAUUCCAACAUCAAAAUUUUCGACCACAGAAUCGCUCAAAUAAAAAAAAAGGUUGGUGAGGGGAUAAUUCGGUCGACUCGUUACGAAGUAUCAAACAACGUGGUCGAGUCACAAAAAGUAUUGGAAAAUAAAUUAAACAACGUGGAUUUUGAGGCUAAUCCUCCAACGGAGAUAGUUCCUCAUCGAGCCGCGUAUUUCCGAAGUUUUCCUUUGCUAGACAACGUCGCAAUGAACAAGGAACCGGUCCAGAGUAGCCGGAAAGGACAAACGCAGUGGAAAUACAAGAUGAAAUCACUUGAGGCGAAUGGAAAACCGCCAACGCCGCAAGAAACUCAAUCUCCAAGGCCGCAAACAAAACUCUCCGCUGACAUGAGUCCUGCCCUCAUAGCCCAGGCUAAUUGGACCUUUGUGGAAAAACUGCUCAAGGAUUGCAAAUCCAAGACAAAAAGAAUGCUCGUCGAAAAAAUGGGAUCUGAAGCGGUGGCUCUGGGCCACGGGACUGAAUCUCUUUCGGAUGUCGAAGAAAAUACUUUGGUCGCGAGUCUGUGCGAUUUGCUCGAACGUGUAUGGAGCCACGGGCUCCAAAACAAACAAGGAAAAAGUGCUCUCUGGUCGCAUCUCACGAUGUACCAAGAAUUGGAAGAGUGCAACGAUUCUGCGAAAUCAAUCGAUCCCAAUUUCUUAUCACCCGCAAAAAAACCAUCGUCUAACAAAUGUCACGGAUUCUCGGAUCGUUUAAUCGCGACCAUUAAGAUCCGAAACAUUUAUGAAAUAGCUUCUUAUAUCAAGGACAACUUUAACGAUUUGUCCAACCUGGCCCUCGAGACUGACGUUUCACCGACUCGAGGCAACGAGCGUCAGAGAUCGAUGGGCGAACGAAAAUCGAUUGGUCCUGAACAUCUCAGACCGUUACCCGAUUCUCUCACCUUCGAUAUACGAAAUAUUCAAGCGAUGACUGAAAUCAAGACUCACAUUGGGUACGCGAGAGCGUGGGUUCGAUUGGCUUUGGAGAAAAAAUUAUUAUCUCGUCAUCUGAAAACACUCUUGUCCGACAAUACUCUACUGAGGAGCCAGUACAAACGAUCGGCGUUCCUCCGUUGCGAGGAGGAGAAAGAACAAUUUUUAUAUCAUUUAUUGACUCUGAACGCCGUCGAUUAUUUUUGCUUCACGAACAAUUAUCCGACGACGAAACUGCCCUAUCGCGUCAUUAUUUUCCCCAGUAGAAAAGCCAGCGCCGCAACAACAUCAGCCAAUAGUUGGGUCGCCAUUUCCGGCACGUUGUGUGAAACGAAUCCUGUGCCUAUUCCUAAGAGCGCUCUGGAAUUCGUAUUUCACCACAAAAAUUUGGGAGUCUUGUCGACCCUCCGAAUAGGACACGACAACACAGGAAUUUCACCGAAAUGGAUGGUCGAACACGUCGUCGUAAGAAACGAAGUGACGGGUCAUACUUUCAAAUUUCCCUGUGGCCGAUGGCUUGGACGUGGAAUUGACGACAGUUCCACCGAAAGAUUGCUCGUCGGUGCUCUGGUCCCUCGAAGCAUCGAUAGCGAAGAAUUACUCGAAACUUGCUCCACUCCUCCCCGAUGUAGAUCACCGAGUAUACCCAGGAAACCAACGUUGUCUCAAGUCGAGCUGCAGCAUAUGCUUGGUGAGGCGGUAAACGCAAUCGUGAAAUUCCACUACAGAAGAGAACCAUUGGAUGGUUCGUUAACAGCCCUUUUGUGUGGCGAAGGAGGUCUGGUGCCCUCGCUAGAACAAACAUUUCUGUACGGUUUCAAGAACCAGAGGAUAUUUGGUCGAAACUUUUAUGUCUGGGAUUUCUUUCUCCGAGUAAAGGAAAAUUUCGAAAUGUCGCUGCUUGAAGAAAUGGACGGAUAUUCUCAACGACUGAGCAGAGAUCGGAGAACCCACGCCGAAAGUAAUCAGAGAUUUACAAUACUUCGGUGUUAUUGCCAUCUGAUCGAUCAAAUAAAUACCUUCAGCCAGACACUGGGCAAAGACGGAAAAUUCCAGCUUUUUAUUUGCUUGGCAGCGAGGGAACAACUCCUUCAUCCAAUGUUGAGACCCAUGAGCGACGCACGUUCGACAAGUGAAAUGUACGAGGAAGCCUCAUUCCUGCGAAACCCUGGAUUACUCAAUUUCCUUAUUCACAUACUCGAGCCACUCAGCGAAUUUCACAUCGUUCUGGAAAAAAGUUUGACUCACGGAAUUUCCAGUAUAUGCUGAGGUCGAAUUUAACAUUCCGCCAAUAUUUGAGUGACCAAUACACGAGCAGCUGCAAACAAAGAUGGAACUUUGCAUUAUCGAGAGGAAGGAAAAGAAAGCAACUUCACAAGCAUCUAUCCAAAAUCCGUACAAACAAAAUAUAUUCGAGCACUUAUCGCCUUUUCUUUCAAGACUUUGUCGAAGUGCCAAAGACUCGUCGGAGUAUUUGUCGCAUUUUAAAAAACUCGACUCAAAUUCUACUUGAAAAAGUCUUCUCCAACUAUGCGAUGAUCGUAACAUACGAAGUGAAGGUGGCUUUCUGCGAAAGAAUGCGAAGCCUUCCCAUCUUUGUUCAAAAAUUGAACUCUCGUGUUCGCGACAAAGUUUCUGUGCAUGUUUGUGAAAGAAGAAAACCAAAAAACCAUUCAACGUUAUGAAAACAGAGAAUGAGAGAACAGUGAAAGGGAAAAAAGGCGUAACAUUUGGCUUCUAUCCGACCGAUCUUGCCACGUUAAUUCAUACUAAGAAACAAGAAUUAAGGAUAGAAAUGAGAAAAAAAGGAUGAAAACAUAACGAACGUAGGCUUUAAGAAACGUUAAAUCGUGUACCAAAGAUAUUUAUAUUUCCCACAACUCUAACUGUAAUACUCGUUAAUUUAAUUGGUUAUUUUGUAUUUUUCAUUUACUUUCAUUGUUCCAAUUGUGAUCUACGGAAUCUCGACAUGACAAAUAGUCCUACUGAAAGAUGUUUUAAGUUCUGUUAGUGUAUAUAUUAGUUAGGAUAACGUGAAUUUUAUAUACGUAGCGCGGUUCGACGUGAGAUUACGAACAGAUUCCUCUUUUUUAUUGUGAUUCUUGAGAAAUUUUUACAACUCUAUGAAUAUUAUUAUUAUUCUGUGAUUUCCGUUCUACGUUAUGAGAAUGUACUGCGCGAUAGCAAAAGUCAUUUUCUCCAUUGCGAAAAACGUUCCUUUCAAUCCGCCAAAUACGAAAUGAGUCGGUUCAUCCAUUUUGAAUAAUUGGAAUGCUCUUGACCAUUAUCGAAGUUGUUCACGCAGAGAUAAUUAUUAACGAUUACAGAUGAAUAACUUUAUUUCUUUGAUUUUAAUAUCAUUGAGGGAAAAAUUUGUAUAUUGACGUAAUAAUACAUCGUUAUCUGUAAAGCUAAUAAGCUGGUAAAUAAAUCGUGACGAAGAAUGUUUCGAACUGCAAUCUCCGCGUGCGAGUGAAGUGCCGCAGCGAGAUGUAAAUCUCGUUGGAAAUUGUCGUUUGAAUGGGGAAAAAAGAAUUCAAACCCUGUGUAGUUGUCCAGUGUAAUUAAAAAUAAAAAUUUAGGAACUAGGCAAUUGCGCAAUUAGAAAUUUUUCUCAACUUUGGGAAACACAGUGAGUCGAUUUGCGCGAACAGAGUGGUAAAAAAAACAUACAAAUCGUACUUUGUCCAAUUAAUUGUUGUACAUCCGGAACAAACUCCAGCAAUAAUAUGAAAAGAAUUCAUUUUUUCACGUUAGGAAGGAGAAUUCUUCAUGAAAAAAAAUCGUUCCAACUCACUCAAAACUCGUUUCGUAACUUUUAAAGAGAAAAUAAAAAGAUUCGAUGUAGUUUUAGAUUCUUGAUAAAUUUUUCCACACUCACUUUUUACUCGUAAUGAAAACAAUUAUAUGAAACAUGAUUCGUAACCGACGUGGCCAAAAAAAUCAAUUUUUUCAAGAAAAGCUCCGAUCCUUCAAUUUACAUGAUAAAAUAACGAAAAUCCUGCGUUUAAUCCCUUGUAGUUGAAAAAAAUCAAGUCGAAUGAUGGAACAAUAAUGCGCUCGGUACACUUAUACGGUUCGAAAAGAAUCGCAUUCCUUUUGAAGAUGAAAAAAAAUGUUUUUAUCGACGUAACUUUACUCAAUCGCCCACACCGUGACGUUUUCAUCCGAUCCCACCGCCAAUCUAUAUUCUACAUCCAUAGAUUGUAUAUAAAUGAAAAAAGAAGGCAAAAUUCGAAUAAACAAAGAUUAGGUAAGGAAUAAUGAAAUGAAGAUCUAUAAACUUGACAUGAUACGUAGAAUCUUUUACAAAAUGAAUGACUAAUAGAUUAUAUUAUGUAUAUAUGAAUACUCAUAGGCAAUUAUUGUACAGUAGAACAAUAUGAAAAAAUAUAUGAAGUGAAAUAAGUAA